GGUAUGUGUAGCUUCUGGAGACUCCCAUGGCCCUGAUUCCUGCCAAGUCCUGCGACGUCUUCUUCGCCAAAGCAGCCAGGUCCUCAUUUGGUCCCGCAAACACUGUCAACGGCAUAUCUUUCGCCAAUGUUUUAAAAUCUGGCCUUCAAAAAUCAGCUCCCUCAGCAGUGCCCCCAAGGGUAAUACAAGAAGAUUCGAGUAUGGAUAACGCGCAGCAGCCCAUGCAGCAGUCACAAAGCCCUAUUGAAACGAUGAUUUUCACCCUACAACAAAGUAUGAUGGAGUUCAUGUCGUUUAUGAGAUCAACUAUGCAAAAUCUUAUGCAAAAUCAAAACACCUUGAUACAGAUGCUUGCAUCUCAACAAUCCAAAUAAUCAAUGGCGCCUCUACGAAUAUCUCUGUGGAACGCCAACGGUGUUUCACGGCAUAAACUUGAACUUACCCAAUUCCUAUACGACAAUCACAUUGAUGUAAUGCUGCUGUCUGAGACGCACCUUACUAACAAAUAUAACUUUCAAAUACGUGGAUACAUAUUCUACGGCACAGAUCAUCCGGAUGGAAAAGCACACGGCGGAACCGGUAUUCUAAUAAGAAACCGCAUCAAACACGAAUUCCACAAAAGGUUUGCGGCAAACUAUCUACAAGCCACAUCUAUAAUUGUACAAUCGGACAUCAGCAAUCUUACUAUCGCCGCUGUAUAUUGUCCUCCCCGCUUUUCAAUCUCUGAAGAUCAAUUCAUGCAAUUCUACAAUUCACUGGGACAGCGAUUUAUAGCAGCAGGAGACUAUAAUGCGAAACACCCGCACUGGGGCUCUCGCCUUGUGACCGCAAAAGGAAGGCAGCUAUACAACGCAAUCAUAAAGCCAAGCAACAAACUCAACUAUGUUUCCCCGGGUAGUCCUACAUACUGGCCAGCAGACCCCAACAAACAA